UCGACCUUUAUGUUUGCAACUUGGGCGCACUUUUCACUUUUUUGGCGCCACUUUCGGCUGUGCAAAAUGUUUUUGUUUGUAUUAUUUAUUUCUUUGGAAUUUACGCAAAAAUUAUUAAUUUUGUACUAAAAUGGAUGACCUCACUAGACUAAAAAGGAAGAUUACCAGUUCGUUCAAGCUAAGCGGCUUUCUUAUACGUUCGGAGAAUAGCGCAUAUUUGGCCGAGCAGCUCCUGCCAUUUGAUGAAGCUGAACGGGAGAAGUGGCUGACGGUGAUCACAGAAAAUUUGCAAGGCCAGCGUUUGCAAACGACACAAGUGGAAAGAGGAGUACUUGAAAAAGCUAUAAAUGAAAUUAAUCGCGUGGGCCUGGAUGAGGGCGAGACAGUCUUUACGCUUAUUGAUGCAUUCAAAGUGCCACGCUACCAUUACAAUACCCAAAGCAAGAAAUUCGAAUUGAAUCGAGAUCCGCGUUGCAUUCUCACACAACCAGCGAUGAAAUCAGGAUAUUUGCGUGAACGUUAUGCCAUGCUGUUGCAAAAGACUCUGCGGCAUGAGUUAUUUGCACCACCUAUAAUAGAGGGUGGCGUUUCAACGGAAUCGCAGGUAAAAAAGUUUAAAUUGCAGUAUGCAGAAAAUUUGCUUGCGUCAUCCUCGGUAAAGGAAGCAGUGGUACUCGGGUUGCUGACACAGUUAAAAGAAGGAAAAUUUUACAUAGAAGAUCCUACAGGUUGCCUUGAGCUGGACUUGUGCGGAACGCGCUUUCAUUCAGGUUUCUUCUGUGAGGGCUGCUUUGUGUUGGCUGAAGGUUCAUAUAACAAUGGCGUUCUCAAAGUUGAUGGCCUGGGUUUUCCGCCAGCUGAACCUGCUACUAGUUCACGAGCAUUUUUUGGAACACAAAACAGUUGGGGUGGCGAGUCUUCAAAAUUGUUGAAAUAUUCCAUAAGGCUGGAAGAAUUGGAGAGUACCAACACUGAAGCUACGCUUGUGUUUCUGUCGGAUGUGCGUCUAGAUAAUCCUGUUGUUUUAGAACGCUUACGCAUGCUAUUUGUUGGCUACGAUUCCUGUCCACCUGUAGCAAUAGUGCUAAUGGGUUCGUUCGCUGCUACCAAUAGUAAUUAUCAUACAUUGUCUCAAAAUUUGACUGCUCUGGGCGCAUUAGCUGCGGGAUGUGAUCAGUUGAAGAAGCAAACGGAUCUGAUAUUAGUACCGUCUUGUGAAGAUCCUACAGCACCGAAUAUUUUACCACGUGCCACCCUACCUGAAUCACUUGCGACGGGUUUGCGCAAAGCAUGGCCGCGUACAUUGCUCGCGACCAACCCUUGUCGUCUGCAAUAUUGUACACAACAGAUUGUUGUUUGUCGUUUGGACUUGAUGGCUAAGUUCUGUCGUAAUUCGUUACAUUUUCCACCCGAUACUGAUAAUAUCGAACAGCAUUUUGCACGCACACUAGUAUGCCAGAACCAUGUGACUCCCAUACAUCCGAUUGCCAUGCCAGUGCAUUGGGACUAUGAUGCCGCUUUGUGGUUAUAUCCGUUGCCCGAUUUGGUAGUUAUAGGUGACUCGUGCCAGAGUUUCGCAACAACUCAACACGGUUGUACUGUGCUAAACACAGGAUCUUUUGUUAAAUCGAAAUUUGCAUUUAAAGUUUAUAUACCGGCGACGCGCACUAUUGAGGAUUCGGAAAUUCCAGAUGAUAUGACAAUGGAAUAAGCAAAUUCUUAUUUUAUGUUGUGAUAAGCAAAAUUGUACUCUUUAUGUUACGUAAGUAUGUAGGUUUUUAUUUAAUAUGUUUAAAUGUUUAAAUACAUUUGUGCAAGCAUAUUUUGUUUACACUUACAAUAUGA